CCCAAGAUGGCGGCGCUGCAGGCGGAGCGCGGGUACGGGCUGUCCUGCGGCCGCCUCGGCCGCGGCACCCGCGUCUCCGUCUUCCACGUCAAGCUCACGGAGAGCGCCCUGCGCGCCUUCGAGAGCUACCAGGCCUGUAAGGAUGCUGUGACCUCCAAGCCAGUAAUCCAGUUCCAAGGAAGCCAAGGGCACAUCGCCAUCCCCAGGCCCGACCGACCCUCGGAAGUGAGGACCUUCACCUUCUACCUGUCCAACAUCGGCAAGGACAGCCCCCAGGGCAGCUUUGACUGCAUCCAGCAGUAUGUCUCUAGCAAUGGCAACAUCCACCUGGACUGCCUGGGCAGCAUCCAGGACAAGAUCACCGUCUGUGCCACGGACGACUCGUACCAGAAGGCGCGGCAGAGCAUGGCGCAGGCCGAGGAGGAGACGCGCAGCCGCAGCGCCAUCGUCAUCAAGCCGGGCGGCAGAUACCUGGGCAAGAAGGUUCAGGUGCGGAAGCCUGCGCCGGGCGCCUCGGACGCGGUGCCCUCCCGGAAGCGCCCGACGCCGGUCAACCUGGCCAGUGCAAUAAAGAGAGGCAACAGUGCCAUAUCCCAGAGACCCUUCAAGGACAGGGUUGUGCACUUACUGGCACUAAAGCCUUACAAGAAACCUGAACUUAUUCUCAGAUUGCAGAAGGAUGGACUUUCUCAGCAGGACAAGGAUUUGCUGGACAGCCUUCUGCAGCAGGUGGCAAAUCUGAGUGCCAAGGACAGCACUUUCACCCUGAAGGAUUGUGUCUACAAGGAGGUGCAGAAGGACUGGCCUGGCUACUCAGAGGGGGACCAGCAGCUGCUGAAGAGGAUCCUGGUCCGGAAGCUCUGCCAGCCCCAGAACAGCAGCGGAUUUCAAGGAGAAGCUCCUAGCCUGAGCCCACCAAAAGACAACCUGAACUCCAGCUCCCCUCCUCAGAAACGAUCCCAGCCUCUGGAGUUUAUCGAUCCCUUGGCCAACAAAAAGCCCAGGAUCUCGCACCUGGCUCACAGAACUCCACCCACGUUCAACGGGAAGCUGAACUCCUCCAACGGGAAGGACGCCGCCGCCCCGGCGCUGCCGCCGCCGCUCCCGGAGGCCGUCGGCUCCGGCCCCAGCCUGCCGGUGCUGGAGCUGCCGAGGCCUCAUGACCCCCUCUCAGACGUCAGCAACGACCUGACUCACAACGGCAGAGACUGUGAGCCCCCGGAGGCUGCUGACAGACUGAGCCAUCCCUUGCCCACAGACUGUCCCCAGACGAGCAAACACAACUGCAGCUCGUACCUCAAAAGCAAGAAAAAGUCCAAAAAGCACAAAGACAAAGAGAAGGAGAAGAAGGAGAAGAAGAGCGAAGAGAAGUGCAAAGAGGAGAAGCAGGACUGUGAAGUAAUAAAAAAUGCUGACUUAGUUAGUGUUCCCCAGGAGCAGGUCACAGGUGUAAAUGGAACAUGCAAUAACUCCAGUGCCCCAGCAGCAGCUUCAGAAACACCAGAUUAUUUAUUGAAGUACGCAGCCAUCUCCUCCUCGGAGCAGCGGCAGAGCUACAAGAACGACUUCAACGCCGAGUACAGCGAGUACCGCGACCUGCACGCGCGCAUCGAGCGCGUCACCCGCCGCUUCACGCAGCUGGACGCGCAGCUGCGCCAGCUGCUGCAGGGCUCCGACGAGUACAAGACCAUCCAUGAUCAAAUCCUGCAGGAGUACCGGAAGAUCAAAAAGACUAACCCCAACUACAGCCAAGAGAAGAAUCGCUGUGAAUACCUCCACAACAAACUGGCCCACAUCAAAAAACUGAUAGCAGAGUAUGACCAGCAGCAGUUCUAGCUGGCACUGCCCCAGCCUGAGGAGGGCAAAGCAAAACCAACCCAACACCAACCAAACAAGGUCACCUGGAUGUUAUGUUCCCUUUUGUACACCUGGAUCCCUUCAGAGAUGAGAAUUGAUCCUCCUGGGUGAAGGACUCGAGGACAUUGGCUCUGCCCUGGCUGGGUGGCAGUGCCCAGCACGACCCUCUGCAGCCUCAGCCUCUGGAUCUUGGAAUGUAACAGGCAAAGCAAACCUGCAGGUUGGCAGCCAGCCUGUGACACUGAAGGGAACCUUGCCUGGGGUGACCAAAGCUCCCAAAGGCUGAGAAGCAGUUUCCAUGGAGGCCAAGCUGGGCCUGAGGUGUGGCUGGGGCCACUGGGUUACAAAUUGUCCUUCAGGUGGGAGCUGGAAUGCUGCUGGGUUACCUCCCCUGGCACCUGUGACUGUUCAGAUGCAAGCUGCCUGCUCCACAGCCCAGAGAUCCUCCACCAGCUCCCCACAGCUCCUUGCUCCUGCUGCUGCCACCCCCAGGGUGUGCUUCUUGAGCUGGCUGUGUCCCAGGAGGGGGACUCCCCUUGUGCAGUACAGGGCUGGAUCCUCCAUGGUUUGCUAACCCCAAGGCC